UUCCCCGCUGGGCGCUGUAGUUUCCCGCUGGGCCGUGCGGCGGGCUCGCGCGAGGCCUGCUGGGAGCUGUAGUUCCCCGCGGGGCCUGCUGGGAGCUGUAGUCCGGCGGGCAUGGCGGAGAGCGGCGAGAGGAAGGCCGCGCUGGAGAUGGUCCAGGCAGACGGGACAGAUGGAAACUGUGUCACUUUCGUGCUGCAUGAUGAGGACCACACACUUGGCAACUCCCUCCGCUACAUGGUCAUGAAGAACCCCGACGUGGAGUUUUGUGGCUACUGCAUCACACACCCAUCUGAAAGCAAGAUCAACUUCCGCAUUCAGACCAGAGGGUCCCUUCCUGCUGUUGAGCCAUUCCGCAAAGGGCUGAACGACCUGAUGGGUGUUUGCCAACACGUACUCGAUACGUUUGAGCAGGAGAGUGACCAAGAGCUGGGGCUUGGAGAGCAGACCUAGGGUACUGGAGGCUGCUGAAUGUGUCUUCCCGUAGCACACUUGGUUGGCUUCUCUCAGUAUUUCCUCAAAGCAUCUACCAGGAUGAGGCCAGUGCCUGUAUGAAUUCGUUAGGGCUUACCCCUGCAGCUGGACACGACAUGGCCUGACUUCCUUUGUAUUGUGGUGACUAAAGGCUCAGUCUCUUCUGGAAGCGCUUGGAGCUCUGUCAGAGCAUCUUGAGUUCCCUCAGCUGUUCCAGGAAUUGGACAGGGAAGUCACAGCACAAACUGGUGUGGUGAUACUGGUGUGUGAAUUGCUCAAAUAUGUUGCUGUUAACAUUUGUCCUUUGCUCCUGC